AUGAGCGGGAAGGAUGGAGAGACCCUGGGUGGAAGCACCAGUGAUGUUCCCAGCACCAUCCCCGAGAACAAUGGCACCAAGGAAGCCGAGAACGGUCAGACUCAGACUGUGAAGUCGACGACGAGCCUGGUCGAGUUGGCAAAGACCAUCGCGAGAGAGACGGAGAAGCUGGAGAAGUAUUACAAGGACAUCGGGCACCCCUUGCCCGGCUGGGAAGUUGACUCGUCUGUCGAUCUCCCAAAAUUCCCUGAUGAUAUCAAGAAGGCCAGAGAGGAGGUUGUGAAGGCAACCAAAGAACUCGAGUACUUGGUCACCGGGCCUACAGAAAGCUUGAGAUGGAUGGCUUGGGACCACAACAACUCCCUCUCUCUGCACACCGUCUACCAUUACCAGAUCGCAAAAUCCUUCCCUGUCGGCGAGACUGCCACCUAUACCCAGAUCUCUGAGAAGGUCGGCUUAGACGAGCUCAACCUUCGUCGUCUCCUGCGCCAUGCCAUGACAAACCGCAUCUUCAAGGAGGUGUCACCGGGUGUCGUGGCCCAUACUGCCGCAAGCAAGUUACUGGCUGAGAACCAGGCAAUGGAUGACUGGGUUGGUUUCUGUACUGAGGAUCUGUGGCCUGCCGCGGCCCGAACCAUCGCCGCUAUCGAGCUCAACCCCUCCGCCAACGAGCCCACUCAAACCGGUUUCUGCUACGCUAACAACACUACCGAUGUCGAGCCCAUGUUCGUCACCUUCGGAAAGGACCCGAAGCGCGCAAAGCGCAUGGGCGGAGCCAUGACCUCCCUCACCGGCGGCGAAGGCUACGAAGUCUCCUACCUCGUCAACAGCUACGACUGGGCAUCCCUCGAUGCUCGCGGCGCCACUCUGGUGGACAUUGGUGGUUCUCAUGGCUUCGUCUCGACCGAGAUCGCCGCGAAAUACCCCAACAUGAAAUUCAUCGUCCAGGACCUCCCCAAGACCGUUGCCACGGCCCCCGAACUGCCUGCCGACCUCGCCUCCCGCGUCUCCUUCCAACCCUAUGACUUCUUCACGCCCCAGCCUGUCAAAGGCGCCGACGUCUACCUCUACCGCUGGAUCGUGCACAACCAAGCCGAUAAGUACGCGAUCAAGAUGCUGCAGCAGCUCAUCCCGGCGCUGAAGAAAGGCGCCCGCGUUCUGAUCAACGACCACUGUCUCCGCCGCCCUGGCGUCGAGAACAUGUGGGAUGAGAAGAUCAUGCGGACCAUGGAUCUCGUGAUGCUCACGCUCCUCAACGCGCAAGAGCGCACAGAAGAGGAUUUCCGCGAGCUGUUCGCCAAGGUCGACCCCCGGUUCCGCUUCUUGGGUGAGAAGAGACCUGAAGGCUGCAGAAUGGCGAUUUUGGAGGCGGUGUGGGAGGGCGAGGAUUUUGGGGGCGAGGCUUAG